CGCAAGUCCAAAAGACGGGUCACGUGUCCAGACCUCGAGCUCGUCGAGCCUCGACCGAGACCCAUCGCUCUGGUUCAUCCCCACCGCACCAGGCGCAGGCCCUUUACGACUUCAAGCUUGCUGUCCGAAGAUGGUGCUCAACGAGCUAGGUCGACGCAUCAAUGCGGCCUUUUCUGAGCUGUCGCGGGUGCCGGUCGUGGACGAUGCUGCCGUCGAUGGGCUGCUCAAGAGCGUGUGUGCGGCGCUCCUCGAGAGCGACGUCAACGUCAAGCUCGUCCAGGGCCUGCGCAACAAUGUGCGAGGCACGGUCAAGGAGCAGCUCAACGAGGGAGGCGACAAGGCAACGAGACUGACCGAAGGCCAACGCAGGAAUAUUGUUCAGAAGGCCAUCUUCGACCACCUCGUCCAGCUCAUUGAUCCAGGCGUGGAGACGUUCAAGCCAAAGAAGGGUAAGGCAAAUGUCAUCAUGUUUGUCGGUCUUCAGGGCUCGGGCAAGACAACGUCGUGCACCAAGCUGGCGCUGUACUAUCAGAAGCGUGGAUUCAAGACAGGCCUCGUGUGCGCAGAUACCUUCCGAGCCGGUGCCUUUGACCAGCUCAAGCAGAAUGCAGCCAAAGCCAAUCUCCCCUUUUAUGGCUCGCACACCGAGACGGAUCCCGUGGCGAUUGCCGGGGCUGGUGUGGCCUCGUUCAAGCAGGCCAAGUUCGACGUCAUCAUCGUCGACACCAGUGGCCGGCACAAGCAGGAGGGCGAGCUGUUCCGGGAGAUGGUCGAGAUUGGCGAGGCGGUGACGCCGGACCAGACGAUCAUGGUCCUCGACGCCAGCAUUGGUCAGGCCGCCGAGGGACAGAGCCGCGCAUUCAAGGAGGCCGCCGACUACGGAGGCAUAUUUGUCACCAAGCUCGACGGCCACGCAAAGGGCGGCGGUGCCAUCUCGGCCGUGGCGGCGACAAAGACGCCGAUCCUGUUUAUCGGUCUAGGCGAGCACAUGACGGACAUUGAGGUCUUUCGGCCGCAGCCAUUCAUCAGCAAGAUGCUGGGCAUGGGCGACAUCUCGGGCCUGAUGGACAAGGUGCAGGAGGUGCAGAUGGCCAACCCGGAGCGGCAGCAGGAGAUGCUCAAGAAGAUUGAGCAGGGUGGCAUCUUUAGCAUCCGCGACUGGAGGGAGCAGCUGAGCAACAUCAUGAGCAUGGGCCCGCUUUCGAAGCUCGCCGGCAUGAUCCCGGGCCUGGGCCAGAUGAUGUCUGGGGGCGGCAACGACGAAGAGGCGGGGCGCAAGAUGAAGAAGAUGAUCUUCAUCACCGACAGCAUGACACGCGAGGAGCUCGACUCGGACGGAAGCCUGUUUUUCGCGCCCGUCAGCCGCAAGAAGAAGGAGAAGAAGCCGGACGAGGCGGGCGGCAAGCAGGUUGCGAGCACGAGCACUGCUGCACCGUCGUCGAAGGAAAAGGACGCCAAGGGAAAGAAGGAAAAGGUGCCCGUGCGCAUGACGGCGAGGGCCCGGAGGGUGGCCAAGGGAAGCGGGACGAGCGUGCGCGAGGUCGAGGAGUUUCUGAUGCAGUACCGCAUGAUUUCCAAGAUGGUCAAGUCGAUGGGCGGCAAGGCCGGGUGGAUGAAGCGCAUGCAGGGUGCAAAGGGCGGUGCAGGCGGCGGCGGCAUGCCUGCGCCCGGCCAGCUGCCGCCAGGCAUGAGCCGGGAGCAGGUGGCCAAGAUGCAGAACGCGCUGCCGCCCGAGAUCAAGGCGCAGCUGCGGCAGCCGGGCGGCCGCGAGAAGCUGUUGCAGCAGCUACAGAGCGGCAACAUUCCCCCCGAAAUGGCCGGUAUGAUGGGCGGCAUGGGCGGGCCAGGCGGAGGCCUCGGUGGACUGGGCGGCCUGGCCAACAUGAUGGGUGGAAUGGGCGGCAUGGGUGGCCUGCAGUCGAUGAUGCAAAACAUGAUGGGUGGGGGUGGACCGCCGAGAUAGCAGUCGUCUCAUCACAAGUGUAAGCAGUUGUACCAACAGCAGCCACAUCAGCCGCAUCAGCAGCAAUGAUGAUGAUGAUAGAAUUGCGAAUGAUGAUGGAAUUGCAC